AUGCACUCCUGGGAUGUGGAAUCCGAGGCGGAGAAUACCGUUCCGGACGCUUUCUGCACCGAGCGGAUCCGAUUUCGCCGGUUACGCUCGCAAAAUAUUGUGCAUCGUUUGAGGAAUAGGGAGACCGGUUACCGGCACCGAACACCAAAGCAUGCUGUCCGAGAGCUGUACCAGAACGUUUAUCCAAAUCUAACGGUCGUUAACGUGGAACGACCACCGUGCUAUCUACGCAAGUUUAGUCCAGACGGCAAGUAUCUUAUAGCGUUUUCGUCUGACCAGGCGGCGUUAGAAAUUUAUGAAUACCAAGGAUGUGCCGCGGCCGGCGAGCUGCUCAGCAAAUGGGACGAUACCGAGCUGAUGGUAGAUUAUGAACCUGGAUAUAGUAGCGUCAUAAGGGCGAAGAUUUUUGACCAGCUGUUUAAGCUGAAGCACGUGGUAAACCUGGAGAAUCACGAAAAACAUCUGAAUCGGGAGUGUAGCCUGUUCACGAACGAUGGCCGCUACGUAAUCGUCGGGGCUGCCUCCUUCAUACCUGAAGAAAAUCGGCCAAACUUCUACGAGCUAUACACGAACAACGAGGUGAUCAAACCGACGGCCGGUUGUCCGCUCGAGGACUACACGCUAUACAUAAUCGAUCUACACUUUGGGCGUAUAUCUCACUCGAGAGACUUUCGCGUGGACAAGAUCAUCCUGUCGCACAACCAGGGCGUCUACUUGUACAACAGUACGCUCGCGAUCCUGUCCAUCCACCAUCAGUCGAUGUACAUUUUCUCGAUCGCCGAUGGAACAUUCUUCCCGGAGCGCACGAUCGGACGGUUCUGCAGCGGCGAGGACGAGCGAUAUUACACCAGUGCGUUCAUGACGGAACGUAGCAGUGCACCGCCGCCCCGGGCCUUCCGCGAACCCACGAUUAAUAGCCUGAAACACCGCAUACUGGUGUUUCUGUUUCGGCAGGCCAAAGCGCAGGUAGACAGUGGUGAGGAUGGGCUAGCGUUACGGAAGUUUUACCGUCGGUUCGACGAGUACAAGGAUCUGCGCAUGUGGAAAAUGCAGCUACUGGACGAUGAUCUGCUGCUGAUCAAGUAUGCGCACGAAGACGUCGUCACGUUGAAAGCACACGAACCGAACAGCCAGUUCUCGAUGUUUGUGGUGUACCACAUAUGGGACAUGCAGAUCAUCGCCGUGUACAGCAAUCAAUCGACGCAACUGCUCGAUCUGUACGAAAACUUUUGCGACAGCUUUCGGAACGCUUCGCACAAUCACCGGACACCGUUCACCUGCUCGCCAAGCAACAAUCUCUACAGCCGGUUGCUACACACGCGCUUCAAACAGACAAUCAUUGGUGCUCGCGGUGGAAGCGAGGUGGAAGCUACCAAACGCAUUCUUGCCCAGUUGCCAAUUAGUGCACAAAGCUACACGAGCUCACCGUACCUAGACCUGGGACUGUUCAGCUACGACGACAAGUGGGUGUCGGCGAUGGAGCGGCCGAAAGCGUGCGCCGAGUUUCCGAUCCGGUUUUAUGCGCGAGAUUCGGGUUUGCUCAAGUUUCGCAUCUACGCCGGCAUGGGCCAUCAGAUAACGCCCCAUCCGGGCUUACGACGAUUGGUGGCGUUCAUUUUCCACCCGACGGAACCGUUCGCGAUCAGCGUGCAGCGUAUCAACACGGACUACAUAGCCAACUUUCAUUUGAGGCAUGUACCCAGCACCAAGCAGCCGCACGUGUGGUCACCGAAAACGUAG